ACUCAAAGUUAUCAGUAACCUGUAAACAUCAAAUAGAGGGUAGUUGAGUCAGUUCCAAAUUAAAUUAAUAUGAAGUGUUCAGUAGCUUUCUGCGUAGUAUUUGUGGCCAUUUGGGCGGGCGCAGUGUCUGCACAAAGUCACAAUGUAACCUGGGGAGCGGUAGGCAAACAUGAUACUCUGCUGGAUCGGGAAAUUGUUGUAAAAAAGUCUAAGUUGUUACAAAUUGUCACCGAGGAUUUCACGUAUCCGCGUAAGGGUUAUAACAAUAAUUAUAAUAUUACUGCAAUACGAUGCACGGAUCAAUACACGAAUGGCAAAGGGGGCUAUGCAGCACUUCUGAACGGUGGACCAAGAUUUAAAGAAGUGACAAUUCAUUUGAAAUCGCAGAGAAAUCAUGGAUUUAAUUUCAUUAUUGAAAUUUAUGGAAGAUAGAUAAUAAUCGCUACGCUUCAAAUAAUACU